UACUGCUUUGCACUAACGUUACUUCCCUUUUGUCUUGUUUGAAACAUAAAAACAGUACCUCUGUAUCCCAUUUUUAAAAAAAUUGUGGGAUCAGUUAAAACAUUUUAGAAUAUUUUUUUUAUCUUAUAUUUGGUAUUUUUUUAAACAUCAGUGUUUAAUAAUUUUUUUAUAAUCUUGUAAUAUGGUAUAUGAGGCAUAUUACAUCUAUGAAGCUAAGCAUAGAUAUUAAUAUAUGUAAUUGCAAUGCCUUUAUUUUAGUGAGUUAAGUACACAUAACACAUCAUUUCUGCAUAACUGACCUUUGUCAGACAGACUGCCUUGAUCAGAGGAGCACAGAUAAACUACUGUAUUUAUUUCCCCAAUUGAUCGCCAUUCUGCAAUUAGUUUUUUUUAAUGCCUGGGGUCAUAAUUCAUUUUGCAUAUUAAACAAACACCUGAAUAACCACCAGAGGUGAUCAUUUACAUUAUAUUGUGAUAAACACAAAAUCAACUGUACAAAAUCUAACCCAGGUACAUGUCUGAUCAUUUCUUUUGUGUAAUUUCUGUUUUAAUUUCUGUUGCAGGCAGAGUCUGUGUAUGUGGACACUCACUAUUUGACCCUUUCUUCAGUUUCUCUUGUCUGUCCUCCACAAGCAGAGACUCACUGAUAGACAGCUGUUACCCAUUCUAGGCCUAACACAUCCAAACACGACCACACCGCAAGUGUAUCCUUUACAGCUAAAGAAACACACUACAAUCAACAAUGGCGGUCCAGUUAAGAGUAAUUUUAGAAGAACACAACAUUCAAAAAUUGAAACUUCCAACAGGAAUUCCAAAUACAUUGGAAGAUCUUGUUUCCAUAAUUACUGCAACUUUCCAAUUGCAUGGGGAAAUUGGACUACUAUACCAAGACAGUAACUUUGACAAUCAGUUUUUCAGUGUCACCUCAACUGCUGACUUGCAUGACAAGGCCACUGUUAAAGUGAUCCUAAAAGAGCCGACAAUCACCCUUGACCUACACCCAGUAUUUGAAUCAUCUACAUUGAGUACAGUGAGCACCCAUCCUGCUAGUACUGCUGAAACGGACAUCUGCCCUGCAGAUCAUGAUGCAUCCUCAGAGGUGUCAAACUGCGAAUCUUCAAGUUCCAGUGAUACCAUUAUUCUUCCUGAUUCAUGUCGCUCUGCUGCAUGGCCAGUGCCAUUCCAAGUACCAGAGUUUUCCAGAGACAUAGAACUAAUCCUUGCAGAGGCAAACAACUCGUAUCAUGCCUCUGGAAGACACUUCAUGGAUGCCAGUAUUAAAUCAGCAAUAAUGCAAGAGCUUGCAAAAGUAAUUUUUUCAUACACCGCUUACCCAACCAAUGAGCAGAUCCUCUCAGUAGCUGAAGCCUUGGUUUCUAAGUUUCCGUGUCUUAGGGAGCCAGGUUCAUUUGCGGGAUUAUAUGGCUGGCAGCAGCGCAUAAAAAACAAGAUGCACAAUUACCGUGCAAAGCUAAGAUCUCGAAAAUAUUCUUACCCGGAAAUUGAAAUCAACACCUUAAAAAGGAAGCAUCCCGCUGAUGUAGGGCCUUUAAAAAAUAUAAAAAAGGCCAAAAAAGCAGAGGUUAAUUACCUCCCUCCACACCCUACUGGUGAAAGCCAAGAGACACUGGAGAAAGAGAGACUUGAAUUAAUUUGUGAAAUUACAAAGAAAAACAAUGCAAAGAUAAUUGCAGAUAAAAUGAAUAAAACCUUCUCUAGCCGAAGAAUUGAAGUGGUCAGCCUCAGCCCCUCUGUUGAUGUGUUUAAAGAAAGGUGGCCAGCAUUAUUCACUGAGGCUCAGAUCAAGGAGGAGUUCAGACGCAUCACAAUGGUUUCCUUGGAGGAGACAUUCCUGCGGAAGCUUGAUGAGUACACACCUGGUCUUUUGCGGCUAAUGCGUGCCAAAGGAGGAGCAGCUGGUUGCAAGAUGCGUCCUCUGCUGGACAGUUUAAAUACACAGAACAUUGAGGAAAAAAGAGAUGCUGUUGUCUGCUGCCUCAUUAACUACCUCGGUGAAAGACAAGAAGAUCUUUUCCAUGAAUGGCAGGAAUGUGAGGAGUACACAGACAAAACAAUGAAGGUGAUUGUGAAGCACAAUGUCAUGGCUGAGGAGGACGAUUUGUCUAUUGUGAUCGAGGGAAACCAAGUGAUGGAAGGAUGUGGAAGCCGAACAAAGGCAUGCAUACUGCUGAUGGGACUCAUAUAUGCAAUCAACAUUGAAUAUCCAAAGGAGCUGAAGAACACAUUUGAAGCUUUUCAAAAACUUUUUUUGGAAAUUGAUGGGGCAAAACUUCUGAAGAAAGUCCACAGCCUCAAAAAUAAGCUUAUGCAGUAGACAUUUCUCUCCUUGUUUAAAGGGGAUUCUUUGUUUGGACAUACCUUGAUGGAGUUGUAAUGGACUGUUUUAUAUUUUUCUUCUCUUCCCUCAUUUGCUCCACAUACAGACACAGACCCAUCCACUGUUUCUCAGCCCUCUCCAUUGCUCUGUGUUUUCCCCCAUAUUGACAGAAAAGGAAUACUAAUAGAUAGUGGCCUGAACAAUUUUGAUCUCACCUACCCUCUUCCCCAUUUGUUUGCUUAUUUCAUUCUGAUCCUAUCUGCGAGAGUGAGAGUAAGGACAAAAAAAAAAAAUGAUGGUAUUUUGUUUUUCUUUUAUCUUUUUUUAUAUUUAAUACUGUACAUGCACAGAAAAACGAGGUUGUGUGUGUGGUUUUGCCUUUUAAAAUAUAAUAAGUGGCCUCUGAAAGAGUUGUAUGCGAGUAGCCAAUUAUUCAGAAACAACAUUUGAAAAUUAUCUUAGUGAGCUAUAAAACAGGUUUAUUUGUUCAUUAUUGUGUGAAGCUGUUGCACUUUAUUUAGCACUUUAUUCUGUGUUUUUAGAUACAAGAAAAUCUUGAUGUGAUUGAUCAUUCAGCACUGCUCUGAUUUCCUCACUUCUUUUUUAUUUUCCUUUUUUUGCUCCCCUCUCUCCUCACUUUUCUUUUCUUCUCUGAUCUAGAUGUGUUUUAUUAUCCAACAUUAUUGAAACAACAUUUGAAACUGUUGUCUUAAUGAGUUAUAAAACAGGUUUAUUUGUUCAUUGUUGUGUGAAGCUGUUGUACUUUAUUUAGCACUUUAUUCUGUGUGUUUUGAUAAUUUGGUGCAUCAGUGCUGCAUAUAAGCAAGACUGUUCAGUUAUUUUGUUUUAUGAAUGUAUAUGGAUAACAGACCACUGGUCAGUUACUGUUGUGUAAAUCUGAAAAGACACAAGUUUAGUCUAAGAGUUUAGAUAAAAGAAAAUCUUGAUGUGAUUGGACAUCCAGCUCUGCUCUAAUCUCCUCACUUCUCCUUUUUUUCUCCUUUUUUUUUUCCUUUUCUUUGCUUACUUCUUUUCUGCUCUGAUCUGGAUGUCCUAAAACAGGGAAAUGUUUUAUUAUCCAACAUUAUUGAAAUAUUUGAUAGAUCAGCGAGUUAUAAAACAUGUUCAUUACUUGAAAUGUUGUGUAAUGCUGUUGUGCUGCACUUUAUUUUAAGUGCGUUUUCUGAUUUUUUGGAAUAAAAACAUUGAGUUGAUAACCAA